GGGCGCAGAACCCGCACCAGCACGUCGGCCUUGGAGCGACCCGUCCUGCACGGGCGAGGUGCCCGUGUGAAAUCUGUGUAUAUUUCGCUGUUCCGUGCCGUGGCAGUGAAUACUGCAAGAACAGAUUGGUGGACGAGUCUACUCAACACCUGGAGGGGAGGCUCCUUCGCGGCUGAACCGCACGUCUUCCCUGGGUCGACGGCGACGGGACAUCGCACGCCUGUACCGUCUCGGGGUGUGCCCACCGUUCACAGCGUCCCACCCUGGUCCGGCUCGGCUGGGGAGCCCCACGUGCGCCUUAGUCUGCGGAACAGCUGUGAGCUAAAAGUAGCUCACCGCCAGCAGGGGAGACGGUGCACGUGUGGUGCCCCAGGCCGCUCGACACGAGUGUCUAGUGAGCGUGUGAAGGGGAACUGAAGUGCAAACCAAGGACAUCCUGUGUGGCUGGAGGCGAGCUGUGUGCGAGAUACGUUUGAGCCUGGGUGUGACUACGAGUGAGCGUCACUUUUUAGGACAAACUGACUGCCGGGUGUUUUUUUUUCACCGUCCGUUAUUAUAAGAGUGCGGGCGCGUCAAGGAAUCAAAGUGACUCACGUGACAAGAAAGUUCCCCACCAGCCAACAAAAUCAACACGAUGCCCAAGCAAAAGCAAGAGUCUUACAACAGCGACAUCACCGCGAAACAGAUCGAGGAAUGGACCAGCUCCUUCGACAAGCUUCUGGCCAGCGAUCGCGGCCGCGACAUGUUCAUGGAACACCUACUGAACGAAGGCAACGAGCGCUACCUCGAGUUCUGGCUGCGCUGCGAGCGUCUCUCGGAGAGCUACCGCAAAGUCCGAGACGAGGCGUCGGCCAUCUUCGAGACGUUUCUCGAGAUCGACGCCCCUAUGAAGGUGGACGUUAGUCGCGAAGCCGAGGCGGCACGACUGAAGCUCGAGCAAAAGGAAGGAGAGGGCUUUGGCGUGUUCGACGAGGCACAGUACCGCGCUAAAGCUAGGAUGGAGCAGCGCUUCUACCCCGACUUCUGUGAGGAGCUGAUGCGAAAGAAGAAGGCAUGGAAGUGACAGGAGGCGAACAAGGAGAAGGCGAAAACCUGCUCCUUGUUCUGAGUUUGAGAGUGGAUCACGGCUGUGGAAAAAUGGGACAGAAAUCUAUACGAUGGGUUGAUUUGUUCGAUUCUACAUCAGGGUAACAUCGCCGGCCGUUUGUGUCAAACCAAUCUGCUGCAUAUUCCUGUCCAAAAUAGGCGAAGAAAUAAGGAACUGGACGCACACAAGGACCGAACUUCGAGUGACUCAGGCCUAGUUGCUUAACAUGUAACCAGAGGGGCAGCGCCGCAGCAUGCCGUCGAUUUUGGCCAGAUCGAUUUGCCAUCAAGCUAGCCCGUGCAUCCGCGUCGCAUCGCGAAUCCCAUCUGCCUAUAACCUCGUCAACUGACACGAAGUUAUCAGCUGGUUUCACCGUGCAACUGAUUUUGAACUGCAAGAUUUUCAAUAUUGCAGUGAGCCAUGUUUAGCUUAUCCGUGCGAAAGUAUGUAUUAUGUACUCUGAAAGUAUGCGAAUUGCAAUCGGAUGCUAUGAAGGGAAAGAAGUGCAACGAAACAUGCGACUGUAUUAUAAACCUUUUAUUUUAUUUUGUGUUAUUUUGUUGGAUAAAAAUAAGCUCAGUGACAUUAUGACGGUUUCACUCACAAUCCCCAUUUUUAACUUCUUCUUUUUAAUUGUGAGGCUAACAAUAAGCUUUUCCUGCGGUUCUAAUGGAAUCGAGAGAAAAUUCGUCACUGUUUUUGUCCUUCGGAGAUAAGCAGUCGCUUUGUUUUGGUGAGGGAUUAUCGGGAAUGUAAAUGAUGCCUUUGGGAAGUGCCUAGUCGACGCAUAAUCGAUAUGAUUGCGUAUACUGUACUGAUCUACUAUGUAUUUUGUGUUUCUGUUAUGUUUUUGUUGCAUAGCGAUGAUAAUGCUGACGCUCAUUUGAUUAUGUUCAUGUUUUCAUUGCGUUUUUAGAAGAAUCAGUAUUUAUUUGCAUUCAGUUGUUCAUUAGAGCUUGGUGGCAGUUUUUGAGAGCGUGUACCGAGCUUAAUAAGCUUGGAUUAUCGUAAAUGUCGAAAUACAUUCGAAAUAAG